AUCGCAAUGGCGGCCUCCGUGACAGUGCUGACUCCGAACGGGAGAAGACAGACCGUCAAGGUGUCUCCGAACACCCCCUUAUUGCAGGUUCUCGAGGACGUCUGUAAAAAACACGAAUUCAACCCUAACGACCACGGGUUGAAGUUCCAGAGGAACGUUCUGGACCUGACGCUUCAAUGGAGGUACGCCAGUCUGCCCAACAAUGCCAAACUGGAAAUGGUGGCAGGGGCCAGAAAGCAGACCGCAGCCGACGGACAGGUACGUAUCGGUCUCCAGAUGGAGGAUGGUUCUCGACUCCAAGGAACGUUCUCCAGUGGGCAGAACCUUUGGGAACUCCUCACACACUUUCCUGAGACAAGAGCGCUGGCCCAGUCAGGAGCCACCCCUGUGUGUGUCUACAUGAGAGACCAGGUGACUGGAGCAGAGGCUUUACAGACGGCCACGCUGAGGUCUCUGGGGCUCAGCAGUGGGAGCGCCGUAGUCCGCUUUCUUCUAAAAGACACCAAAACAGACGAUGACGAAGAUGGCGGCAGGGCGGGGGUGAAGGGGAGCAGACCUCCUCCCUCCCAGCGCUCCGACGGACCGGCUCCCCCUCAGCCCGACGGACCGGCACCCUCUCAGCCCGACGCUCCGGGAUCCGGAGCACCGCUCCGUACGGCCAGCCCCGACCGGCCGUCUGCUGCCCCCCCUGCGCAUGCCUCUGGGUUGAGCGCGGCGGCGGUGGAUGACGGAGAGACAGCGGGUCCGUCGGGACUCGCCUCCCCCCCGCCGCCCGCCGCCCCCUUCACCCCCUUCACAGGGGGGGGCCAGCGCCUGGGCGGGCCCGCCGCCGGGGGGGCGGGGCCUCUGUCGUCCUCCUCCGGGUCGUCCUCUGGGGUAUCCAAGGCAACAGGAGGGUCCCCCAAAGCCAAGAAGGCCAAACCCUGCCAGAACGCCAACGCCAAGGGUCGGGUCAACCAGAGCGAUGAAGACAUGGAGCUGAGGGAGGGCCUUCUGGAGCCCGUGGAGAGGGAGGCUCUAGUCUACAGCCUGGACUCCGGACCCCAGCGGACGGGUGCCCACCAUGAGCUGUCAGACGAGUUCUUUGAGGUGACCGUCGACGACAUACGCAAGCGCUUCGCCCAGCUGAAGAGCGACAGGAGGUCGCUGGAGGAGACCCCCUUGAUGACCAAAGCCCUGAAGGAGUCCCAGCUCAAGGAGAAGAUGGAGCGCUAUCCCAAGGUGGUCCUCAGGGUCCAGUUCCCAGACCGCCACGUCCUUCAGGGAUUCUUCCGGCCCCUGGAGACGGUUGCUGAUGUCCGGAGGUUCGUCCAGAACCACCUGGAGGACCCUGAGCUGGACUUCUACCUGUUCGUCACCCCUCCCAAGACGGUCCUGGACGAGGCCUCCGUCACGCUGUUCCAGGCCCACCUGUUCCCCGGAGCCCUGGUGUACUUCGGCUGUGAGCUGCAGACCGACUGCUACCUGCAGAGGGAGCACCUGAGCGCCUGUGUGUCCGCCACGCAGGCCAACGAGUCCAUCGCCAGCUGCAUGCCCCCCUCCCCAGAGGACGGACGCCCCCCCUCUGAGCCCUCUAAGGGGGGCCGACAGGACGGAGCGCCCCCCCCCACGGCCCACAGCCAGCCCCCUCAGCGGGCGGGACCGGACGCCGGGAAGGUCCCCAAGUGGCUGAAGCUCCCAGGUAAGAAGUGAGUCUCCUGCUGGUCAACUAGAGACUGCAGUCUUCUCCAUCGCUGAAAUGAACCUCACCAUUUUAGCUUUACCGCCGUUAUGGCAAAGCACUCGAUUGAUCAUGUAACACGCCGGCAUUCAACAGUGAAACAAGAACAUGUAAGGACCAAUAAAUACUUGCAUACGUUUUCGCCUUGGUUGAUGUCCGUUUUAUGAGGUGUGUGAAAGGGCCUUCAGCGCCCUCUGCUGGAUUAUUAGUUUAAGCCCAUUUAAACGAAUGGGUUAGUACUUUGCUGGACGUAGACUUCCGGUAAUAUUAGCCAUAGCUGGUAUUAAUUAAUUAUAGUCAUCAAUAAAAGAAUAACAAAGGCAGGAUUUCUGAUGUCUGCUAUGUCUUAAUUGCCAUUGAAAAUAUUGAGGGCGAAUUGUGCCAUGGAAAUAAUGAUUUCUUCAUGUAUUAGUUGAAUCCUUUUGAUUAAGCAAUAAAUAAUUGUCAAAGAUUCACUUUUAUGGAGCAUUGAAGUUAAUGGUUGAGGGCUAAAAUAUAAAUGUAGGAUUUUGCCUACUAUACCAUUAUUAAUCAACCAUUACAUUUUAGAAAAGGUUGAUACAAUUUACAUCGGUCUGACUUUCACACAACCGAGCAGCAGAAUAUCAAGUCCCGCAAUUAAAAUCACGAUAAAACCUUGAUAUAUAUUUUCCUGUUCAAAAUUGCCCACAUUUUACAGAAUUAGAAGAAUUGUAGCCCUGUAAGAAAAAGUAAGUCUUCUGUUCUGUAAUCAGGCCAACAGGUCACCCUCAAGUCCAAAAGCCUAUUUGAGGCCAAGUUCAAUUGGUCAAAGCCAAGGAAUGUGAAUGUGUCUGUGCGCGUGCAUCUGCAUGCACACACACACAUGCACACGCCUAAGAUGACCUUUGGAUGGCAUUGCUAGCAUUUCUGAAUAAGGUCAAGACUACUCCGAUUUACAUGCACAAUAAUAUUAUCCAUCUAUAUAUUGGUCCCAAGUAUUUAUAGUAUUGCCUAGAAGAGUAAACCUACCAAUAUGCCUCAGACGACUUCAAUCUCAAAAUUCUUGACCUACAA